CUCUGUGAGGGGGAAGCUGCCUCAGGGAGUUGGGAGAGCUGCCGCACUUAGAGGGGAGAGAAAGGCAGGCUUCACUGAGGGGAACUAUUACCUCACUGCACAGAGGGACAGGACUUAGUUGCUCCUGCCAGUACAGGGACUGCCAUAUCAAGCAAGUGCCAGAUAUUUCUGAGGAUGAAAGGCUUGAGUUACCAGACAUUUUUAUCCAUGUCAUCAAAUGAAGCUGAUGGGUACCCAUAUCCAAAACGAAUUAAAAUAGAAAAUAAUCAUACAAGUGUAGAGAAAGAAGAGCAACAGCAGUUAGAACAAAGAACAUUCCUUGUGGAUGAAUGUAGGAAGUCAUCAAAUAAACCUAUAUAUUUAUCAGAAGGAUCACUUCAAUUCAGUCAAAAUGCUUGGAGAUUAGAAAAGGAAAUCAGUGGUAGAGAAAGAAAAACUAGCAUGUGUGAGUUUAUAGAUUUUAAACCUUGGAUUAAUGAAAAAUUGCAAUGCAGGCUAUUAGAAAACAAACUGUUCACUAAAAAAUGGAAUAUUGAAAAUGAAGAGCAUAGUAUUAUAAGAGAUGACUCUUUAUUGAAUGUAAAUGGACAUUCUUCUGAAGCAGGAUUAUACCAAACAUGGAAUGUAAACAAAAACAGCAAAAAUAUAGCAGAAAAUAAUAAAACAGACAAUGAUAAUGAGCUUAAAUUAAAUGCUUCACUUUCAUCUUUAAACACAGAUUUGUUUCAGGUAAAAACAUCAAGUCAGAAAAUUGGCACUGAUAACAAGUGGAAAAAACACCAGCUUUUAGAUGUUCCAUUUUUAUGUGGCAUUAAUUCUACAUUUUCUGAAAUAAAGAAUAACGACAGAAACAACUGUUUAAAAAAAUUGCCCACUGAAGAAAAUAAAGAUCAUUAUGGUAAUGAGAGUGAAUCUGUUGAACAACUAGGUAAUAAAGAAAAAAAUGCUUCAUCACAUACAUUUCCUAUAUUAAAAUUGUUUAAAAAUAUACAAACAUUCAAAAUCCCUCAAACAAAUUUUUUUAUGAAAGGGAACAUAAGUAAAUGUUCUAAUGCUUCAAAUACAUUAAAUAGUAACAUGUUAUCAACUAAUUUGAAGGAGAUAGAACAGAAGAACUUUAAACAUCAAACAUAUGUGAUGCAAUCUGCAAAGAUUUACUGUUCCCAAAACAUAUCUAUGAUAAGGAAACAAAAGUUUCAAAAUGAUAAAAAUAUUGUGAAUGCUGCUAGUGUUUGUUCUGAAUUUAAUGAAAGUAACCACCAAUCUGUUAGUAAGCAAAAGACUUUGGCUUUAGCAGCAGAAGAAGAAAAAAUAACUGAGAAUAAUUUAAGGAACAACAUGAACAAUGUCAAGUGUAAUCAAAUGUUUGCUAAAAGGAUUGUCAAGGAGAAAGAGCUAGGAAAUGAAGAAGGCAAUGAAGACCAGGAACCAAACAUAUACCUAAGCGUUCACACAUACUUUGGUUCUAAAACAACUCAAAGUGAUGAAUGUAGCAACUCUACCAAUAUUUUGAAAAGAACAUGGGGAAAAGUCAGUUAUGAGGAUGUGACAUUUAAUAUACAGGAAACAACUAUUCCAUUGAUAUCAGAAGUACUAAGGAACAGAGAUUUAAACAUAAAUUAUGACAUGCAUUGUGCUAACUGUAACAGGAAUUUACAUGAAUCAGAAUUAAAACUUUCUACAACAAAAAUACUUGACAUCAAAAGAUACUUAUCUAAAACUGUUGUCACCAAAGACAAUUGCCCCUAUAGUACUACACAGGAUUUGCCAGAUACAAGAGACAUUGACAAUAUAUUGAAGAGGAAAAAGCUGACUGAACCAAAAAUCUUCUUUCAUGAUAUGUUAUUAGGUGGUCUGAGGACAAGACCUGGAUCUUUAAAUGAAGAGGUGCUUAAACAUCAAGAGGAUGACAGUAUCAUAGGCUGGUUUCAUUUGUAUGAAAAGUUAAAGUCAGUAGAACAAUACAGCAUUCCAGAGCUAAUAACCAGUAUUAAUAACAAUAGUACACAUAUUUAUUUGCAAGUUACUGUUUCAGAACAGCAAAAUGUGAACACGAUAAAAUCAAACCUGGCUUUUUUCCCCUAUAAUAUAAAUUGUUUACAUCCAGCUGAAGAAAAAUGUAUACCAGUGGAGAAAAAUCCUUUCUAUUGCAGAAAACAAGUUAAGAGAAACUCACACAUAAAUAAUAGUUUGAAAGGAAACACAAAGUCUCAGCAAAAAUACAUAAUUUAUCCAGGUAUGUGUAAAGAAAUUAUAAAUCCUAAAUUAGUAAAAAAUGUUGGUUUUCAAUUACAUCACAAAUAUCAGAAAAUUCAUUAUUCUAGCACUGUAGCUGAACACAAGGAAGCUUCUUUUCUACACAAAAGAGCACUGUUUCAUAACCAACAAAGAGCGUCACCUGAAGGGAGAUGUGCCAAACAAUACUGCCUCUUAUCCAGAGGUAGUACAGGAAUGCAUAGUAUCAUUUCAAUGUUUGACAGUGAAGAAAAAGAUAGUAAAAGGCAACUUUUAGUUGCUAAUGGACUGCUUUUACCAAGGGACAAUUUCGAUAGUUCUUUCUUAUGGAAGAUAAAUUGGUGCAGUACCAAAAAAAUAUUGACAGAAACAAACCUUGGACUUCUGAAUUAUUUGCCUUCAAUUUCAAAAAUGAAGUUUGAAAAGAUAAAUAAUAAAUGUUCAAAUCUGCAAAUGCUGGUAGCUACAAUAAAGCAUAAGAAGAAGAAACAAAGAAAAAUACAUAAUAUUGCUUUUCCUAAGGAAAAGUUUAAAACUUUGCAUUCUGUUUUAAGUGAAAAUAUAAAAAACAGAAGCAGGAGAAUCACAAAUAGUGUGAACUUUGCACAUGAAGCUACAAAUCUUAUUCCAAAAUAUCUGAGAACCGCUAACAAAGAAAACUCUGACAAAAAAGGGUAUGCCAAUUGUAGAGAAUUGCAAGAAAAUUGCUGUAGCAAUCUUCCAAAAAUACCCUUUUUUUCUAUUUUUGACACAUACGAAAAAAUUCCUCUCAGUACUGAUUCUGAGGAAAUGGAACAGAUUCCACUUGUAAGGCAAAUUAAUCCUAAUAAUGAAAAAUACAUUGAAGAAAGCACAGUUGCUAGUAUAAAAAGUGUUCACAAUGUCCCUGCUAAAUCAGAUGUUUGUAUUCUACCUGAAUUGUCAACAAUAGUAAACUGUAACUCUGAGUUACUGCCAGACAGUAGAAAUAGUCAACAUUUAGAAAAUGAAAGAAAAUAUGUACACUUCCUAAAUACUGGUUUAAAUUAUGGAAACAUAUUUCACGGUUUCUUAGACAAUGGCCAGUGUUCCACUUCACCAUUCUAUUGUGGCUCUUUUACAGAUAAAGAUGUAGUACUAAAAACUGAAGAGGGACAUUGUAGGAGUUUCUUGAGUGAUGACACAGAAAAACUGUGUGAAGAAAUGAACAGCAUUUUACAAUAUCAAAUUGUGAGGAGUUCUGAAGUAUCUAAUAAUAAUAUGUAUUUUAAGGUUCACAGAGAAGAAACAAUGACUUUUUCUCUAGAUGAAGACAUUCAGAAAGAUAGAAAUUUUUGCACACUCAAUUCAAAGCCAAUGACUAUAAAACAAAAUCUUGAAGAUUUACAAGAAGUGGGAGAAAUAAGUUCUGGGAAAAAUAAUAUAACUAACAAAAAUCAGCUUCAGACUAUACUGCAUGGAAGUAGAUCAACUAAUUUAAUUUUGUCAUAUUCAGAAGAUGAAUCUGCAAUAUGUGUUGCUUCAGGAGACAAAUUAAUACCACAUUUAUCCAUAAUGGACAAUGGAUGUUUUGAAGAUAUGACAGAUCAGCAUUUACUGUCAGAAAAUAAAAACAUAUCUGAAUUUGAAAUGAAGAGCAAAUUUGAUUUAGUGUUGGAAGAGCUUUGUAUGUUUCAUGAAAUUAGUAAGGAACAUGAAAAUAAGCUAUCCAAAGUAGAAACAAACACUAUACAAGAAAAUCCUCAAGAAUUGAAUAAUUCUGAAGGGGUAGAUGAAAAUUUAAAAAGUGUUUCUCAAACAAAAGUAUGCAUUUCCUUUCCAAUCUGUGGUACUACAGCAGGGCAAAAUAUAAUUAAGAAUAACCAAAGUUCAUUUAAAGGAAAAAUAUUAAGUAGAAAUGUAAAGCAAAAAGUACCUCAUGAGUUCUGUUCUUCAAGUAUGUCAGAUGAAGAAUUGCUCUAUGCGCUUUCUGAAGAAGACUAUGUUGAUUCAGGCUGUAAAAAUCGAUUCCCAUGGGACCCUGUUUUUUUGUCUCACACAUUUAUGAAGGAAAGACGUGACAGUUUACAGAAAGAAAGAGGAAACUAUUUGUCACAUGAAAUUAUAAGAGUGCAGCCUCUUAAAACAUGCAGUGGCCCUAUCAGGAUUGGGCUGUCAAGAAACGCUAAACCCAAAAAGCUUCACCCGUAUCUGAAAUAAUUUCAUGGAUUCUUUUACCAACAUUGAAGCAGAACAGCUAAUUAGACUUUAGUAUCAUAAAUCACUUUGUCUGAUAAUUGUUGAACUGUUUUGUAAAUCAUUAAUAUAGAUAGUUUAUGUUUACUAUUUUUGGGUUUUACCAUAUUAAUAUUGU